CUGUGCCAAAGGAAGUGGUCUUCCCGAGGUGAAAUCGCUGUUAUCGGGUCACAGAAGUCCGGUUCCCGACUUCACCACUGUGAGAACACUAGUCUGUAAAACCAUUGGCCUAAUCUGUGCUCUUUCUGCCGGUCUCCCCGUCGGCAAACUUGGUCCCUACGUUCAUAUCGCUUGCUGUACCGCAGCGUCGUUUGACUGCAGUGGGCGAGUAAACAGAUGGGUUCAACAGAGUUGUUGGUCCAGCACUUCCUCAAGUGCAUCCGCAUCGUCUUCGUCAUCCAGCAAACUAUCCGCUUCUGCUCAAACUCGCUUAUACACCGCUGCAGUCGCUGCAGGUGUCUGUGCGUCUUUCGGAGCGCCUCUAGGAGCAACGCUUUUCGCCAUAGAAAUCGCCACCACCUUUUUCU